ACUCGAACGGCGAAGCGUUGGGAGCGCGAACGCGGCACGCUGAAAAGAAAUAGAAAAAACGGUACGAAAGUCGCCCACGAACGUGGUGGCAACGUUUUUUGGCUUCUCACUGUUGUUGGCAGCAGCCGCCAAAAAAAACAUUUUAAAUAAAAACGAAAAUACAAAAACGAUUUUGAAACCGACGCGCGACGCGAGCUUUACGGCUCCACAAAACGAUUAGAAAGAAACUGAAAAAUAUACGAUAAUUCACAGAGACUGUCCCCUAAGUAUAUAGAAACUGUAGACUUUUAGUUAAUCCCAGCAAAAUGGGUUUCCAAGGCGGCCACAGUCCGCGUAUCAACAAGACGUUGAUAUCCCUGAAGCUGGUUGUGUUCCUGGUGAUCAGCGGUAUCACUGCGCUGCACAUUGUGAAUAAUGUAAAGCCGGUGUUGCUGAGUUUCAACUUCAGAGAGUAUCGCAGUAUCACAAUUACGUCUGCCAUUUUAUCAGUUUUGGGACCAUUGAUAGUUGGACCUUUGGCCGAUAACAUUGCUGCCAAGAAUCCCAAUGGCUUUGGACGCAAGCUGCGAUUUAUGACUGCUCUCCUCCUCGUGCUCUCUGCUCUCUGUUCCGUUGGCCUCUUCCCUCUAUCAGAAGUGAAUCGCGAGCCAGCAGAGAGACCACAAGUCAGCUUCGGCUGCGAUGGCAAUGGCGCUUACAUAUUCCAGAAACAGUGCACCAAUGACACCUGCAGAGAUUAUGAUGAGUUGUCGGGAGUUGUCAAUCUCACACGUUGCACCUACAGCUGUCUGAACCCGAAUUUCCAUGAGAACAUGUAUCAAUUUUGGUUGGGCGAAUUGCCAACAGCAGCGCCCUCAACCGAACAUAGUUCCGAAUUCGAUUACGAGGAGGAGCAGACAAGUGCCACCACCGAAAGACUGCAGCCCAGAAGUCAUCUCGAUGUGGUUGAACUUCGCGCAGAUAGCGCUGGCAUUGAGUUGGCCAGCACUGAGGAAGAGCGCACCAAGCGACAAGCGAUCAAAGGCAGCGCCAAGAAAGUGUAUGUGGAGCCACCGCAUUUGUGCAACGUGUAUCGCGAUGAGCAGGGCAAGGAGCUGGUGAGGAACUGUCAUGUGUACACUGAGGAUACGGCCAGCAUUGUGAUGAAUGCCAUCAUAGGUGGCUCACUCAAUGAGCCGGUGACUAACGAGACUCAUGGCUGGUGUCAGUAUCCAGUGGACGGCAUCAAGUGUAAUAUACCCGAGCAGCAGGUGGAGUACAUGAAAAAUCUGAAGAAGGGCAGCAACUGCAAACCCAUCAUCGAGUGUCUCAUUGUCAAUCCCUACAAUAGCGAAGAUUCCGUGCUAAUCGAAGCUGAUUGUGAACAUACCGUUGGCAUCUUCGGUAACAGUGAGGUGGUCUACACGAUUCUGCGAAUCCUUGGUGACAUUUUCGCCUUGGGUGCGCUAACCUUGCUCAACACCGCCAUUGUGAUUGCUGUGCGUGAGACUUCCGAGGGACGUGGCGAGGUGUGUCGCCAAUAUGUUUGGGGUGCUAUUGGCUAUGUGAUUUUGUUCUCGCCAUUCGAUCUGCUCUUCGUGCAGAAUCAACCUAAUUAUCAUGCUGCUGAUGCUGCCUUGAUCAUCUUUAUUGUCUGCUUUGUGCUGGCUGCUGUUGUGCUGCUCCUUGCCUCCCAAAUGCCUCUCAGUCCUCCCGAGUGGUGGUGGCAUACUAAGACUGGCAUGCUGGUGGUGCCGAUGUCUGCUAUACGUCGCUAUAGUCCAGAGAUUGUGGUGCUCACUGCGGUGGCCUUCCUCUUUGGUUUCCUGUGGAGCAGCAUUCACAGCUAUCUGUUGUGGACAUUCCGUGAUCCGUAUGCUGUCAGCUAUGCGGGCAUCUUACUCAUCGCAGCUUUGUUCUUUAAUGUGGAUCGGUUUAUUGAGUACUGUGGACACUCGAAUAUCUUUAUUGCUGGCUUUGCUGUAUUUGUGAUUCGCUUCACUGCGCUGAGCGAUCCGGAUUGCGAUUGGUUGACUUACAUCAUGGAGAUCAUUGAGCCAGCUGUGAUUGGCAUCAUCUGGAUUACGAUUAUUCUGUACAUGCGUCAUGCGAUGCCACGGAAACUCACGGCCACAGGACAAGCUAUUGCUGUGGCUGCCUUCUUUGGCAUAGGCAAGGGCUUCGGUGCCAUGGUUGGCUUGUGGCGCAAUGAGAAGUAUAGACAAGUUUACUAUUGGUUCCACACCUACGAGUACUUGGCCAUCCUUGCCUUGAUUAUUGCCUUUGUCUAUUUCAUCCUGUACAAUCUGCUGCUGGCGCCUCGCUGCACCGCCAGAGCACAGCACUCGGAGGAGUUGAUCUCCGGCUCGGCAUCGCAGAACUUUGGCCAUCAUGGUAAUGGCAGCAAUGGCACUGGGACUCAAGGUGGACCGGGUGCCUCACUUAAUGGCAAUACGAAUGGCAGUUACUCGCCUCUGAGGGUCUACCACAAUGAGCGGGGGAAGAAGGGCCAGUUUAGAUAUUAAACAAAUACUGAUAUAUUUGAGGGAGGCGAUUAUUUGCUUUGGCACAGAUAUAAAGAUAAAGAUUGUCGAUUUUAAGAAUUUGAAUGUGACGCAAUGCACAUUUAUUUACCCAAAUGCGGGGGCUAUUUUUGCUAAGUGUAUACACUGAGAACCAAAACCAAUCAAAAACACUGCGAACGAAAUGCAAAAGUAUGAACAACUUUUUAAAUAUAGAAUCUCUUUUAUUUGUUAUUUAAUGCAAACUAAGCGUGUUCGUAAUAUUAAUUUUAUGUCUACAAAGUAAUUAGUUAGGAAGCUGCGACGCCCAACACACAAAACAAAACAAAACACAACAAAAAAACCAUAAGUAAACAAAAUAUAAAAAACAAGGAAAAUGAAAAAAUAAACCUAUUAAAAUGGAAAAUAAGCAUGCAACUUCCUUCCCUCUGCUCCACCAUUUGCCCUCCGCUCCCACCACGAAUGUCGCUAUGAUUUUAUGAGGUUUCAUAAUGAAGGCAUCAAAAAUUAAAAAUUAAAUAAACAUUUGCGUGAUUUUAACAAGCAUACGGAAGCAUAUACUCGUACAUACACAUACACAUACACAUACUAUAUAAACUGUAAUAAUAAUGCAACAGAAAUGUAAUUAUACCAAAA